GCCAAAAGACGAGAAGAAAGUUGGAACUUCGAAUUCCUUCUGUCAAGGAAGAGAAAUUUACGCUAACGAAACAGCGUACGGUAUCAUCUCUUCCAUCCUCAAGCCUUCUUUGGAGGUUGUUCGUUCGAUCGAUCAAGUAAUUCAUUCUUUUCUCUCUCUUCCCGGCAAAUCUAACGCAACCCACGAAUUGGGAUCCUCCCAAUUUGUGAUCCCUCAUCACGCGCACAUACGCAGAGGGAGAGAGGACAGCCGAAAUCAAGGGUUGAAUACCACUUGUACUGUGAGAGAGAGAGAGAGAGAUCAAGCGCUGAAAGUGUGGAAAUGGGCACGCUUCAGACUUGGAGAAAAGCUUAUGGCGCCCUGAAAGACACCACCAAAGUCGGUCUUGCCCAUGUCAACAGCGACUACGCGGAUUUGGAUGUCGCCGUAGUCAAAGCUACGAACCACGUUGAGUGUCCCCCCAAAGAGAGACAUCUUAGAAAAAUUCUGUUCGCCACAACUGCUAUUCGACCCCGAGCUGAUGUUGCUUACUAUCAUGCGCUUUCCCGCCGAUUGGCCAAGACACGAAAUUGGACGGUAGCAUUGAAAACUUUGAUAGUCAUCCAUAGGUUAUUGAGGGAGGGUGAUCCUACUUUUAGGGAAGAACUUCUGAAUUUCUCACAAAGAGGACGAAUUCUCCAACUUUCUUAUUUCAAGGAUGAUUCUAGCCCAAUAGCUUGGGAUUGCUCUGCUUGGGUUCGUACUUAUGCAUCAUUUUUGGAAGAAAGACUUGAAUGUUUUCGGGUUCUGAAGUAUGAUAUUGAAGCUGAGCGUCUACCCAAGCCUGCCCAAGGACAGGAGAAGGGAUACAGUAAGACCAGGGAUUUGGACAGUGAGGAGCUAUUGGUGCAGUUGCCUGCUCUGCAACAGCUGCUCUAUCGACUUAUUGGCUGCCGGCCAGAAGGAGCUGCUGUUAGCAAUUAUGUGAUACAAUAUGCGUUGGCUUUGGUAUUGAAAGAGAGCUUUAAGAUUUAUUGUGCUAUUAAUGAUGGAAUCAUCAAUCUUAUUGAUAAGUUUUUUGAGAUGCCCAGGCAUGAGGCCAUUACUGCCUUUGAUGUCUAUAAGCGUGCUGGUCAGCAGGCUGCAAAUCUCUCGGAUUUCUAUGACAUCUGCAAAGGAUUAGAACUUGCUAGAAAUUUUCAGUUUCCUGUCUUAAGAGAGCCUCCACAAUCCUUUCUUGCAACCAUGGAAGAGUAUAUUAGGGAGGCACCACGAGUGGUUACAGUUUCAAGUGAACCAUUGCUUCAGUUGACAUACAGACCAGAAGACGCCUCAGCUGCAGAAGACAGUGAAUUGCCUGUUGAAGAAGAGGAGCCAUCAGUGCCAGUUGAUAAUACUGUUGUCCCGGUUUCUGAGCCUCCUCAUCCUCCUCCUCCCCCUUCUCAAAACCAUUUUGAAACUGGAGAUUUGCUGGGGUUGAAUGAUGCAACACCUGAUGCUUCGUCAAUAGAGGAAAGAAAUGCGCUAGCCCUAGCUAUAGUGCCCACUGAAACUGGAACUGCGUCAACUUUUGACUCGAGUUCUGCUCAAACAAAAGAUUUUGAUCCAACUGGUUGGGAGCUUGCCCUCGUCACCACUCCAAGUAACAAUAUAUCUUCAGUCAAUGAGAGGCAGUUGGCUGGCGGAUUGGACACGCUCACUCUUAACAGCUUAUACGAUGAAGUGGCUUAUCGAUCUGCAAAUCAGCAGGCAAUGUAUGGAGCACCAGCUCCGAAUCCAUUUGAAGUGCAAGAUCCAUUUGCUCCGUCAAGCAACAUCCCUCCACCGCCGGCAGUCCAAAUGGCAGCCAUGGCUCAACAGCAAGCGAAUCCAUUUGGUCCUUACUCACCUUAUCUGCCUCAGCAGCAACAUAUGUUGAUGAAUCCAGCCAAUCCCUUUGGUGAUAUGGGUUAUAGGGCAUUUCCUGUGAAUCCUGUUUCACACCCACAAAGUAACAAUCCAUUUGGAAGCACAGGCUUGUUAUAAUAAUAUGACGCUGCUUUGCUUUUCCUAUUCUUUUUUUCUGGAGGUGUAAAAUAUUUAAUCAAUGAAGUUGGUUUUGGGGAAUUCAGCAGUAUGAGUAAAAUGUUACCUGGGUUUUACUUCUUUAUUGCUGGAUUGAUGGUUUUUGGAAUGGAUGUGCAUGGUUGCUGUGUAAAAAUUUCAAUCAACGUUGAGAAUGUAAUAAUUGUUUGGUAGUAUACAGAAUAGUGAGUUUUGCUUGUGUCCAUA